CAACGCAAACGUUGUACUGAUUAACUUAGCUAGUCAUAUUAAAGAAAAAGGUAUAGUUUUAGUUUCCAACAGCCAUGCAGUGCAAGGUAAAAUUUACUUUAGUGGACAAUGUGGCUGAAAACAAGACACUUUUCAUCAAUGGUAAUACCUUACCAAGUUGAUAAUAAAAAAGUUGUGCAACAUGUAAUACUUUGGUAUAGGUUUACAGGAAAAUGUGAUGGCACUAUAAUAAUCAAAGAGAAAAUACACUCUCAAAAACUUGAAAUAAUCUGCAAUGUCAAAAAUCAAGAAAACUGGUCGCAACACAUGCCAUGCAGGCUGUAACUCCACAACUGGAUGAGUGUCCGGAGGCAGAGCCCCAAAUAGUUAACAGAAGAAGAGCCAAGAAAAUAUAGAUCUGGGAAAUAUAGACCUCAAAAGUCUGAAACUUUAUAAAAGAAGAAGAAAGAAGUCUGCUUCAGCUGCUAGGCUAGUUUCUAGGUUUGCUGAACAUAACCCUGGACUUGAAAAAGGAACCAACUGACCACAAAUGCAGAAGUACUGCAUUUUGAGACUAUAGUACAAUACUCAAGAAUAAUAGACAAAAAUUGAGUUAGAGAAACAGAUCCAGGGAAAAAAAUCAUCAGUAAUAUAGUCUAAACCUUAGUGCAGUCAGUGAAAUUUGUGGAAUAAAAAUGUCAUCUUGUAAUUGUACAGCCACAGAGUCAGGUGAAUUAAGAAACCAGAUAAGGCAAGCAAGAAAUGAACUGAAGAACUUAAGGAAAAUUAUUCAAGGUCUUCAGGCUCAGUAUAAAAAAGAUGUAUCAAGACUGGAAGAACUAUUGAAAUUUGGCAAAUUUCCAGAAAGUGACGGGGAACCAGGGAAUUAUAAGAAGGAAAACAUUAAGCCAGAACCACAUUUUGAAAGAUGGCAACCAAUUGGUCAUAUUAAAAGCUGGUUUCGUCACAAGAAUGGAACACCAAGGCAGGGGAGUGUAACAACACUAAGCCGAGGAAUGCUAAAAAUUGAUAAGGAAGUGUUUAACAACCCUCAUCAUUCACUGGAAGGUUUAGAUGAAUACUCCCACAUUUGGAUUUUCUUCAUCUUCAACAAAAAUGAUGAAACUAAGGAUGGAAAUCAUGCAAAAUCCAAGGUUGCACCUCCAAGGCUGAAUGGGAAACGGAUUGGUGUUUUUGCCAGUAGAUCUCCUCACCGUCCAAAUCCUAUAGGCCUAACAUUAGCACAUGUUGAAUAUAUUGAAGGAGACUGCAUUCACUUGUCAGGACUGGAUAUCUUGGAUGGAACACCAGUGGUAGAUAUUAAACCUUACAUUCCUGAGUAUGAUUGUCCACAGCCUGAAGGCCUGUGUGCUAGUUCAUCUUUCUCUGACUAUGAAGUUAAUAAGAACACAAACAUCAUAAACAAUGAUGCUUUUAGUAUUCAAUAUGUCAAGUCAGACACUGAUAUUCAGAGGGUGAGCAAUACUAAUUUGGAAAGUAGACUACCAGUAAAUGAAAGAAAAAAUGGAAACAAAGAAGCUGUCUAUCUUGAAAAAGAUAUGGUGAGAAGACACAUUGGUGUGAAGAAUUAUCAGCAAAUAACAACAGCAGAAUGGCUUCACAGUGUACAUUCAUCAUCAUUACAAGUAAUAUAUAAUCCCAUUGCAGCAGAUGAAAUCAAGAGAUUUUCAGCAACUACAGAAGAUGAGCCUCACAGACUUGAGUUCCUCAGAAACGACAAAGAAUUAAAGGAUGCAAUUAGUAGUGUUCUCAGUGAGGAUCCAAGAUCAGUUUAUCGACGGAAAAAGUGCUCGUCUUUGCUCUAUUAUUUGACAGUGGACACAGCCCAUGUGACAGCUUGGUUUGAUGAUACAACUGUGGAGGUGCUGCGUGUGAGACCAGUUAAAAAUGUUUCAGACAUCGAAGAAAAUUGUGAUAUGUGAAUUAUAAAACAGUUUAUUCUUGCCAGAUGAACCAAUGAAAAUUGUAAACAUUAUUAAUAACUAUUGACAGAAUCAUAAGUUUGCACUCUUGGAUGCAAUGUAGUUACUUAAUGUAUUGAUAACUAUAAUACUGUUGUGUAUGGGAUUCCACAAACAAAAAGUAUUCAGUGAGAUGUUUUUGUAAUUUAAAAGACAUUUUUUUUAAAGGAUUGCAAAAAGUGACAUUUUUAAAACAUAGUAUUAAUUAAAAGAAAGUUUUGCAUAUUUGGUGAAUAAUAAAAAUAAUACAUACUGUUUCUAUAAAGUUACUUUUAUUACUUAAUAUCUUUUGAUUAUUUUAGAUUAUUUUGGAAAAUAAUUGAAAGAGAAAAAAAUAUUGUAUAAGAAUAUUAACCCAUUGCCGCCAGGGAAAAUGAACAAAAAAUGGGGAAAAUGUUGUGCCUAUUUUCUAUAUUUUUUGUGAAAUGUCUGCCCAGAGAUGCUUGAUUUCAAAAGGUGGGAAAAACGUAUUUUUCACUAGUGCUAUGAAUAUCGAUGGUGUUAAGAAAAGGGUAAACGGGUGAGAUAGGAAGUAGUCGUAACUGGCUCAUUGGUGAUUUAGUACAAGUGUAGCCAUCUAUGUGUAAAAACAAUCCUACAAGUAAUCUCACAGUGGGCAUGGCAUGGCAUGCCCGUUGGCAAUGGGUUAAUGAGUAUGAAUGAAAGAUCAACAGCAGAGUCAACAUAAUACUAGGCAUAUAUUUUCUGCAGCAAGUGGCACCAUGCUACAUGGAGUUGCCAAGAACUGCUAUUGCUGUAUUGGAGCUGGCAGUCAGUAUAAGGUAAUUAUGUCAAUAAUCUUUAUACUUUUUUAACAGCUUAUCAACAUUGUGAAAGUCAGCCCAUGAAUUACAUUCAGUACAAAUGCAGUAAAUAUGGCAAACAGGAAAAUUUAAUGUUUUCUCUUUUACAACAUAAUCUUCACUGUCAUCUUCCAUUGCACUUUUUUCCUUAUACAUAUCUCAUUUAUUUAACGCAUUCGUGCUACUUCUAGAACCCUAUUCAGUCUUGGUAGUUCCUAAGCAAUGUAUAUAUUCUGGGAAGUACAGGUGUGAGUGGCAGUGAUGUGACCUAGUUAUCAGAAUGCACCAAAUAUGAUUUCCCUAUUGGAUUAAUGGUUAAUAGUUAACCCAUUGCUGCCGGGGAUGGCAUGUACAUACAUGCCAUGCCCACUGUGAGUCGACUUGUUCGAUUGUUUUUACAAAUAGAUGGCUACACUUGUACUAAGUAUCCAAUGAGCCAAUUACGAGUACUGCCUGUCUCACCCGUUCACCCUUUUCAUCGAUUUACGAAAAUAUUUAACAUUAUCCUAAUUUGCUGUUAAAAAUAAUACCAUCUAUAUUUAUAGCAUUAGUGAAAAUACGUUUUUUCCCGCCAAUUCAAGGAAAGGGGAAAUCAGGACGAGCAGAGCCAUCUAUGGACAGAUAUAUUUCACAAAAAUAUAUAAAAUGAGGACUGCAUUUCCCCCAUUUUCUGUUCAUUUUCCCCGGCGGCAAUGGGUUAAAACAAAUAUAGUUGGUGGACAUCAAGGUCACAUAGUGCUACCUUUCUAGAUUACAUUAGGCUAAUUAUAAAACUGUAUUAGAGUUGGCUACCAACUCUGUCAUGUUUUCCUUGUUAUGCAGAGAAAUCAUACAUAAUUACAGCGCUGACCCACAAACAAUAAACUUUAUAGUCAAA